AUGUCUUCCGAUGAUCGAACCAAUCCUUUGACGGAGUCUUCAAUGACCAUCCCCUCCGACUCCGAGCAGUAUUCCGGCAACGAUGAACUUUCCCCAUCACCUCCAUCUUCCUCCAGCUCUCGCCCGAUCAUCUUAUAUUCUCCGCCCAGUCUAUGGGGAAUAAUCCGCGGUGCUGCAAUCAACCUGCUACUGCCAUUUAUCAACGGACUCAUGCUGGGUUUUGGGGAGUUAUUUGCACAUGAGGCGGCGUUUAGGUUAGGAUGGGGAGGGACAAAGGUAACUCCACUCCCCACAUUGGUUUCAUGUCACAGUUCAAAAUGCGAGGAUUGGGGCCUAAUGGUCGAAGCACAUUUAUUCCAAGAGCAGACCAAGAUUUUCUCCUCCUCCAUUGUACAAAAUGCCCCCAUUAGAUCCAAUCCGCUCCUUUCCGAGAGAGGCGCAUCGACUUCAAGAAUAUACACAAAAUCUCCCUUCUCGAGAACGAAUCUUUUAAUACGAAAUGGGGCGGGCAUUCGCUUUGCUUCAACCACUCCUCUCGCUACCUCACCCGCGGCCUCCCCAGCUACCCCGGAUCCAAGUCAAGCUGUCAGCUCUUCUGCAGCAGUUCCGGCAGCUCCAGCACCUCCAGCUGAAGUUGUCCCCUCUUCCAUAGAUAAUGCUAUAGACUUUACCACCGGCUCACUGUACGAGAUCCCCGAACACAUCGGCUACUUGAAAUCCCUUGGGCUGGAUUAUGGCUGGGGUCCGACUGCUUGUAUCGAAUGGCUUCUCGAACAUGUCCACAUCUUCGCAGGAACACCGUGGUGGGUCUCAAUCUCACUCACCGCGAUCAUUAUCCGCGCAAUUCUAUUCAAGCCCUACAUCGAUGCGGCGGAUAACGCAGCCAGGAUGCAAGCUGUCCAGCCGAUCACGCAACCUCUUACGAAACAGAUGACGGCGGUUAGAGGGGACACGACCGCAGUUCUUCAGAUCAGGUCUGAGAUUCAAGCAAUCCAUAGGAGGGCGGGCAUCAAGAUGUGGAAGAGUCUUGUGCCAAUGACACAGAUGGUUGCCGGUUACGGAACGUUCGUACUUCUGAGAGCGAUGGGAAAAUUGCCAGUACCCGGGUUGGAGACGGGCGGUGCUCUCUGGUUCCACAACUUGACGAUUCCCGAUCCCUUUUUCAUCAUGCCGGCUGCUACGGCUUUUGUUCUGCACAUGGUCCUGAAGGGAGGUGGAGAAACAGCGGCGACAACCAUGUCACCCCAAGCUAUGAAGGUCAUGACAUACGUCUUCCCAUCGAUAACAUUCCUCUUCACCGCCUUCAUGCCAGCUGCGCUUCAGGUCUCCUUCUUUGUGUCCGGUCUUCUCGCGUUCGGUCAGGCCCGGCUCUUUAGAUUGCCCGCCUUCCGCUCCUACUUCAACAUGUACCCCUUGACCACCCCCGGGGCGGCAAAGCCAACCCCAUACAAAGGAACGAUGAAGGUUCGAGCGCCCAUGACCCAAGCCGAGCUCAACCGCACGUACCAGGGAAGCCGCAGCGACAUCUCGGGUACGGUCAAGGAUGUCACACAGAGCGCCAAGGACCUGCUCGGGAAGGGCAAGGAGGGUCUGAAGGAGAGACAGUUGAAGAGCGAACGGGCGGCGGCGGCGGCGUACGAGGAGAAGAGACAGAAGGAAAUCCGACAAGAGCGGUACGAGCGCGAGCAGCAGCGGAGAGCGGAGCGGGAGGCUAGACGGAUGAGAGAUGAGGAGUCGUGA